GGUCGGCUGAAACCAAUGCAGUCCUGCCCGGGACUGGAGAGCCAAUCGCAGGAGCAGAGGGCGGGGCGUCGGCGCCAGCAGAUAAUUGCUAAGUGCAUCGCUAGCACAGUUGGGCCGAGCUGCCGAAAGGUCUGGUCGCAGAGACGGGAACGCGUAAUCCUCAGCGUGCUCCAUCCCGACAGCAUCGUUCCACGACUCGGCAGGGCAGCGAGCCUCUGGCCACCAGCCCCUCUGCUCCGCGGAAAAGUUGCGUGAACUCCCUGGUUACCCUGGGGGUGUGUGCGUCUGGAGGUUUGAAAUAAUCUGGAGCAUCCCCUGAAAGCAAACCGUUCAGCUCCAGCUGGUGAUCGGGCAGCACUACCAUGAGCCCAGGGCUGGACAAAUGCCUGCCAGAAACUGCAGCAGAAAAGAGGGGAUGAGGGUGCAGCGGGAGGAUGAGGAAGAGUGAUAUGAAAAAAAAAAUUUACUCUGCAUCUUACGGAGGAGGCUCUGCAGAGAGGUGCUGGGAGCAGCAGGAGGGCAGGCUGCUUGUCGCUGGGGACCAGGGUGCCUGUCCAUUCCCUGGGACAGCCUGAUGAAGUCCUCCGAUAUCGAUCAGGAUUUAUUUACAGACAGUUACUGCAAAGUGUGCAGUGCACAACUGAUAUCCGAAUCUCAGCGCGUGGCUCAUUACGAGAGUCGAAAACAUGCAAGCAAAGUCCGACUGUAUUACAUGCUUCACCCCAGGGAUGGCGGGUGUCCUGCCAAGAGGCUCCGGUCAGAAAAUGGAAGUGAUGCUGAUAUGGUGGAUAAGAAUAAGUGCUGUACACUCUGUAACAUGUCCUUUACUUCGGCAGUGGUGGCUGACUCACAUUAUCAAGGCAAAAUCCAUGCCAAAAGGUUAAAACUGUUGCUAGGAGAGAAAACCCCAUUAAAGACCACAGCAACACCCCUGAACUCACUGAAGCCUCCGAGGGUGGACACUGCUCCAGUGGUCACAUCUCCCUAUCAAAGAAGAGAUUCAGACAGAUACUGUGGGCUCUGUGCAGCCUGGUUUAACAAUCCUCUGAUGGCCCAGCAACAUUAUGAUGGCAAGAAACACAAAAAGAACGCAGCAAGAGUUGCUCUAUUAGAACAGCUUGGGACAACUCUGGAUAUGGGGGAACUAAGAGGUCUGAGGCGCAAUUACAGAUGUACCAUCUGCAGUGUCUCUCUAAACUCCAUAGAACAGUAUCAUGCCCAUCUGAAAGGAUCUAAACACCAGACCAAAAGCAAGUCACUGGAUCCAGUCCACACUCAAAGGGAGGGGAUCUCAACAGGACAAGGAUACCAGGAUGCAAGGAUCUUUGGAGAGCACCCAUCAGAUGCUGCUUACCUUGGUCUGCCCUCUGGGCCGUCCUUUUUCAUGAAAGCCUGUGCACGUUUGUAUCCAGCUAGUUUGGUGGGCUUGCUUCUUGCCAGUAGACUUUCUAGGGUCGGCCGACCUCAUUUUUUAUUGUCUCUACUCCUUUCAAUCCAAAAUACCACUGUUUCUGCUGAUCUAAUUUUCUCAAAAACUCUGAGAGAUUUCUGUGAAUCUUAUUGGGGUUUGCUGUACUAGAAAAAAAAAAGUCACAUGCUGAAAUCUCUUAGAGAAAAGCUUUUCUCUAGUUUGGAUUUUGUUGAGAAGGCUGAAACAAAAGUCCUCAUACUUCCCAGGGGUCCUAUUGUUCCCGAGACAACUUGUAUGUAGUGCCCUCACUCUCUUCAGCAGCCCCUUGUGUGGGAUCCACUAAUGGUCUGAUCCUUCGAUCUUUUUGAAGUCCUAACCAAGGGCAAUGCUGUCUCAUUCAGCUUUAUUUCUAGACCACAUUUUCCUGGCAACCUGGAAGCCAUUUCUUAAUUUUAGCAUCUUUUGCUAUCUAGAGAAGCUGAGAAUUUUCAAAAUCAUCAAAUCUUGGCUCCUUUUUGUGUAACAGUUCUUCCAUCAAUCUGUCACUCUUGCAGUUUACUGUAAGCAGUAAGAAGAGGCUGCAACACAGCUUGAAAAACUCCUGGGCAAGAUCACCAAGUUCAUUAGUGCUGGUCAAGACAAAAUUGUCAGGUGGAAUAUGUACUUUAACAGCCGUCCCUCUCCCCAAACCCUGGGAAUAAAUACAUAUGCUCCCUGUGGCAUUUCCCUGCUCUUCUCCCCGCCCCCCACUCUCCACCCCCUCUGACUUCAUUGCCCUUUGUAGUUCCUAUGUUUUUAGAACCCCCAGUCUGACAAAUAUCUUGUUUCCAAUAGUUCAAGUAUUAGAUUCAAGUCCUUGGACACUUAGAGGUGUGUAGUGAUAGAUUCAUCUUACAAGCAAACCAUUGACAAUGCUAUAGUUAGCUAAUAUGCUAUUCCCACUACAUUAUCUCAAUUAAAAAAUACACCAUAGACUUUAAAGAGUAUUAAAGUCAUAUGGUUAUAUAAAGUUAUAACUCUAAUGAUUUACAUUUGAAUAGUUUUUCCACUAAUUUUACCAUUUACAAAGGGCUUUCAUUAAUCCAUUUAUUUGUCACCAAAGUCCUAUGCAGGAGUUGUCUUAACCUCAGUUUAGAGAAUAGAGACCUGGGGCUCAAGGAAGAUGAGUCAUUUUAUAUCUGUUGCAUGAUUUAGAUGGUGUCUCAUGGCACCAGGACUCCAGACUACCCCAGUGUACCCCACUCUGCAUCAUAGAAGUCCUGCAGGGACAAUAUAGAGGAUAUAGUUAUUUGGAGUGGGGAUCAUGAUGGGAGGAUCCUUUCACUAGGACGAUUUCUACAUGUGCCUCAAUUCUCUCUACAUCAUUGACUUUGCCUAUUAUAGACACUGCAAGGACUUUUGUAGUCUGUGAUUUGUUGUUUUGGUCCAGAACCAACCCAGGUGCUCUGGAGGAUGCUGCAUCAGGCCACGGCUUCCCAGAGACUUUCUGUGAGCACAUGCUGACUUUCUUGAUCCUCUUCUUUGGCCUAUGUAUAAGACAGAGUUUUGCUCUGUUUACAAAAUGUACUGACAACUUUCAGUAGUGGAUUUGAGCAUCUUCUGAAAGGGUUGACUGUUUCUAGUUGGUGCUGGUUAACAAAUAAACUCUGAGCCUGAAGGGGGCGGAGGGGAGAAAGGAAAAGAAAAUUAGUACAGAAUCCUCUUUAUCUGUGGAUUUGUCAUUUUGGAGUUUGCUAUAAUUUAGAUGAGCUGACAGAAAACUGCUGAACUUGGAAUUGAAUGUCUUAAAGGAUUGAGUCUGUCUCCAUGGCAGCGACGUUGGCCUGGCCCCAGGAUUUCAGCAUGUUGGAGGUGAAAGAUCCUGGAGAAUGGCUUUGCCCAUUUCUCCAUUGAAUAGCUGAAGAAGUUGAGGUUUCCCAGAUGAAGCUACACUUUCAACGUAGCCAUUUAGUGGUAAUUCCAGGCCUAGAUUUUAAAUUGAAGGCUCUUUCUGAGUUCACUUGUUUUGGGGUUUUGAUAAUAAUAUAAUAAUUGUCAAAUAACUAGUAUGAAAAUUGCAUUAUCAUUGUAGUAUUAUUUUUACCACCAGCAGGCCAGUCAGGGUACCUGAGUCCUCCCUGGCCCCUCAGUGACUCUUGCAUUGGUACAGACCCCAUGCCUCCUCUGUCAGCUUCUAGACCUCUUCCUCUCCAUCCCAGCCUGGCGUCUCUCCCUGAAAACUGGCUACAUCUCAUCCCACCACACUUCCCAGUCUCCUUCCUAGCAAUCAGCCUCACACAGUAUUUCUUUUCUGUUUUUAUCAUUUCAGUCCCCUGUCCUUCCCUUUCCCAUGAGCUCCCUACAUACCCCACCAACACAUGCUUCUGCCAGCUCAUUCCUUUGUUUCUACUACUCUGCUUCACGGACUUCAAUUCCUAUCUGCCCAAGGGCCAGCUUGAGGAGUGGCUUUCCACCUCUACAGUUGAUGACCUGGGCAUACUAAGAGUCAUUUGGAAUUGUUGGCCUCCAGGUUCUCAAAAGGUACAUACCCCAGGACAUUUGCAUAUGAGUGGAAGGAAAGGAGGACAGCAUCUCAAGGGUUUGGACGUUUCCUCUCUCCUAAUUCCUAAACUUACAGUCACUAAAAUGUUUGAGAGAAGCUACACAUUAUUUGAGCAUAAUAGCAGGCAUUCUCUCCAUUAUUUUUCAUUUUAUCUUGCAUUUUGAGAAAAAUUAAUGGAAUUUACAUGAUUGUAGGACUUUAAAAAAAAUGAAUUUGGCAGGGAGCCUGGGAAGAUAGCAGAGUAGGAGGAUCCUAAGCUUACCUUAUCCCAUAGGUACACCUAGAUCACAGCCACAGCAGUGUAACUAACCCAGAAAAUAACCGAAAGACUAUCAGAACAGACUCUCUGCAGUUAAUCAUAGAGAGGAGACCACAUCAAAAAUGGUAGGAGGAACAGAGACACAUUCAGGAGCCAAACUCCCUGUGAGACCAACCACAGACAGGAGGGACACCAAGAGCACAGAGAAGGGUGAGGAGCAGACCACAUACCUGUACCCCAGACAGGAGAGACCUCUACUGGGAAGAUGAGUCCCUAUAAUAUUUGGCAUCAAAAACCAGAGGGGCUUAACUAUGUGAGUUUUUACAAUGAGUGAGGCUUAACUCUGAGUACUUUAAAUUUCAGCAGGCUUAGCUCUGUGAGAGCCACAGAGCAGUAGGAAACUGAGUCCCUGCACUUAAACAGCCAGCAUAACAAACAAUCCUGUGAAGAUACAGCAUAGAAGCAGCAGCUGAAAACACUUGGGGUAUACUGGAAAGAUAUUUAUUUACUGAUCUCAGAACGUGCACUGGAUGCGGAGGAUCUUUAUGAAACUUCUCCAAGAACAAAAGAGCUAGCAGGUGCCAUUUCUCCUCACCCCCCCAACCUUCAGCCUAGAUAUCUGGAAACCUGCCAGAACCAGUGUGCAAACACUCACACAUAGCUUGCUAACAGCUUACCCUGCCUGUGUGUUCUCCUGUAGAUCUGUCCCAUCCAACCUGCCCCACUUGGUGGGAGUCCCUCCAAGAUGGCACCUGAAAUUCUACAAGCAGCCCCAAUAGUGGCCAGCACUACUCCAACAUGAUUCUUGCCCUAGGAAAGGGGGAAGGUAACCACAUACAUCAGUUUGACUGUACCCCUAGCAAUGAGUUAGUGGCAGACAUCUGAUCUCACUUUUGGCAUUUCCCACCAACAAAAACCUCACAGGGGACAGGGAAAUAAGAGAACCCUGUAGUUUGGAGUCACUGCAACCCCAACAGACAGACUGAGGGAAGACAUCUGAUCUGACCCAACUACAAGACCAAGGCAGACCCAGACUGGUCUCUUAAGGCACAAGGACCAAACCCGGUCUGCAACAGGCAAAGGGGGCCAUUGCAGAUGACUGGAUUGAAGGCAAAAGCAUUUCAAUCACAACAUAAUGGUGCACAAAAUAUAUGAGACACCCCUGAGUCACCUGGUUCUGGUGGACAGGGGACACUGCACUGCAGGGCACUACAGGACCUCUUCUUCAUAAGACCACUACUUCCAAGAUCGGGGACGUAGAUGACUUUCCUAAUACAUAGAAACAAACACAGAGAAUUAGAAAAAAUGAAAAUACAGAGGAAUAUGUCCCCAAUGAAAGAGUGUGACAAAAUCACACCAAAGGGCUAAAUGAAAUGGAAAUAAGCAAUCUACCUGACAGAGAGUUCAAGGUAAUGGUCAUAAAGAUACUUACUGGACUUGAGGAAAGAGUGGAGGACCUCAGUGAGACCUUCAACAAAGAGAUAGAAAAUAUAAAAAAGAACCAAUCAGAGAUGAAGAACUCAAUAGCUGAAAUUAAGAAUACACAAGAGAGAAUAACUAGUAGACUAGAGAAAGCAGGACAGAUCAGCAACCUGGAAGACAGAGUAAUGGAAAGCAACCAAGCUGAAUAACAAAAAGAAUAAAGAUUAAUAAAACAAGAAUAGAUUAAGGGAACUCAGCUACAUCAUCAAGUAUAAUAACAUUUGCAUUAUAGGAUCCCAGAAGGAGAAUAGAGGGGAAAGGGGGCAGAAAACUUAUUUGAAGAAAUAAUAGCUGAAAACUUUCCUAACCUGGGGAGAGAAACAGAAAUCCAGAUCCAGGAAGCACAGAGAGCCCCAACAAAACCUACCCAAGAAGGUUCACCCAAGACACAUAGAAAUUAAAAUGACAAAAGUAAUGAAAAAGAAUUUUAAAGGCAAUGGGUGAAAAGAAAAUAAUUUUAUACAAGAGAAACCCUAUAAGACUAUCAGCUGAUUUUUCAGCAGAAACUUUGCAGGCCAGAAAUGAAUGACAUAAUAUAUUAAAAGUGAUGAAAGGAGGAAACUUGCAGCAAAAAAUAUUUCACCCAAUAAGGCUCUUGUUCAGAAUAGAAAAAUAGAUCUAGCCUUUCAAGAAAUGUUAAAGGGAAGUCUUUGAGUGUAAAGAAAAAUAGUGAGAAAAUUAUGAAAGGGGGACACCUGGGUGGCUCAGUCAGUUAAGUGUCUGACUCUUGGUUUCAGCUCAGGUCAUGAU